CGCGUUGCUCCCAGGCGGCUGCACCGGCUUGGAGGAGUGGAAGGAGAAGCUCCGCCGCUGGGUGAGUUCCCGGCCACGCUGCUGCCUAGACGACCUAGCCGGAGAACCACUGUCGCGGGUUUGCACCGGGCUGAAGACAAAACCUGGAGGAAGACCUGUGGGAGGCAAUGUUUGAGUAACUCCAAGGAACCAGACGGGGAGAAUGUCAGCCCUCAACUGGAAGCCCUUUGUGUAUGGAGGGCUGGCCUCCAUCACAGCGGAAUGCGGCACAUUUCCAAUUGAUUUAACUAAGACCCGGCUCCAGAUCCAAGGACAGACAAACGAUGCCAACUUCCGAGAAAUCAGGUAUCGCGGGAUGUUGCAUGCGCUGAUGAGGAUAGGUCGAGAAGAAGGGCUGAAGGCGCUGUAUUCUGGGAUUGCCCCUGCGAUGCUGCGCCAGGCUUCCUAUGGCACCAUCAAGAUUGGCACUUACCAGAGCUUGAAGCGAUUAGUUGUGGAACGCCCAGAAGAUGAAACCCUGCUGAUCAAUGUUGUGUGUGGAAUUCUGUCUGGAGUCAUAUCCUCAGCUAUUGCUAACCCAACUGACGUUUUGAAAAUCCGAAUGCAAGCCCAGAACAGCGCUGUUCAAGGAGGAAUGAUAGGCAACUUCAUUAACAUCUACCAGCAGGAAGGGACAAGAGGACUGUGGAAGGGCGUGUCCCUCACAGCGCAGAGGGCUGCCAUUGUUGUUGGUGUGGAACUUCCAGUCUAUGACAUUACCAAGAAGCACCUGAUUCUCUCAGGCCUGAUGGGAGACACCGUCUCUACGCAUUUUCUGUCAAGCUUCACCUGUGGUCUGGUGGGGGCUCUGGCCUCCAACCCUGUUGAUGUUGUGAGGACCCGCAUGAUGAAUCAGAGGGUCCUUCUUGAUGGCGGGUGCUCUGGCUACAAAGGUACCGUGGAUUGCCUAUUGCAGACAUGGAAGAAUGAAGGUUUUUUGGCUCUAUAUAAAGGUUUUUGGCCAAAUUGGUUGCGCCUUGGUCCUUGGAAUAUCAUUUUCUUUUUGACAUACGAGCAGCUGAAGAAACUGGACAUGUGACCAGUCUGUGCUACGCGAGACAUUCUCCUGAAAAGCCAGCUUCGGCGAUGGUAGAACCUCCUGUGCUUUUGGCUGCUUCUCCCCGCACAGCUCAUCACAGCUUCUAGGAUGAGAGAGCACUAGGAUGGUGAAGACCGGGUUCCUCAGAUUGUCAUGCGUUGGCACCAGGCGCUUUUUCAUCCGUGUUCAGAGACUAAACCGUAACACGUUGUCGUGUGUAAUGGUUUUUACUGUGGAAGUGCCCUUUGACACCAGAGAUAAUGUACAGAAUACACGUUUCUUUCUGUAGAAAACUUGCAGGGAAAAUCAGGACCGUGUGCAGUUUUCCUCUGGGAGAGCCGCCUUGCUGCUUCUGGACUUCAGCUGUGGGAACGCUCCGGAGUGAUGGAGGCCCAGGAGGGUGGGGUCCUGUUCUUGUUCUGAGAAGGCUCCGGAGUGAUUGAGUGUUGUCGUUGUCCCCCGUUCCCCCUCCCCCCUCACACCUUGGCUAGUAUUAUUCCUCGACCGUUGAGAGCUUUAGUUUAGUGAGCUGAAGAGAUUUUACAUUUGGACUUUUAAGGUCUCAACCUGUGCGGUGCACUGAGCUUGUCAGUGCAGGAAGUAGAUUUUUAAAACAUUCACUGCUUUAUAGUUUGUGAUCGGGCAGACUCCUUCACUCGCAGUAAGUGAAGUUAAGCCUCCGAAGGCUCGACCUUUGUCAGGUAAUGUUAGCCAUUUGCCCUAUGAUUUUUAGCAAAGUUUGUUUUUUCCAUGUUGAUCACAUGGAGCUAAUCAUGCUUUGUGAAGUCGGUGUCAGAUAAAGGGAAAAGUACCGAGACUGCCACGUGAAACGGGAGUGUGUUUACGUAAACAGUUGAGGUACCAUGGGGUUCUCCUGACGGAAGGCCUUGUUGAGUAGCAUUGCAGGUGAGGAUUUUAGUUGCUAGUGACCGGAAGAGGGAUGCCUCCAGACUUCUAGCCUUUCCUUUAGCUCAGGGCGGGUUUGUUUCAAAACCUUUCUCUGAGAUUUCCUAGUUAACUUCCUUGAAAUUAAAAACAAAUGAUUUAUUUUCUUUCAUCCCCUUUAAUUUUUGUGACGUUGGGGUUCAAACCUAGUGCAUUCUGGGUAUCUGCCGCACACGAGCCCCGCCCCAACCCAAACUGAUGACUUUAUCUCCUUUCCGGUAACAGGUACAUAACGCCCGGGUACCUAUUUUUAUUUCUUCUGAGACUGAUAAAAACCUCUUAUACUUUUAAAGCAGAAGAUGUCUCUAAGAGCCAAGAGCUUUCUGUUUCUAGAAGGGAGCCCAGUCCCUUUAGGUGUACCCUGUGGAAGUCCCAGUGCUAACUGGGACUCUAAGCCGGGCCGAUGCCAGGUGUAUUCCUCAUCUCUUCUCGAGGCAGAAGCGUGAGGGUUUCCUUCCCCUGAGGGUUGAGUGCUUUUUUCUCUCAUACAUUUUCACCUUGGCUUCUUUAUUAAUGUUUUCAUUUGAAAACAGCGAAGCUGGGUUUGAUUUCUAAAAGUAAAAGCUAAGACGAAAUGGUCACAGAGAGCAGAUGGCUUAAAGAUGAAGAAAGGUCACAACUCCCUAGCACGCCACUAGAUGGCAGUGGAGGACCCACGCUGCUGCUGGCCAGGCUCCCACUCUGUAUUAGAGCUGUUUCCCUUCUGACCUGAACCUUCCCUUCAGUGAUAGACUCCACAGAGGCUUUGAGUUGGAAGGACUGCAUUUUUCUCAAACCACUUUUUGUUUAUUUUUGUUUUUUCGAAACAGCCCUAGCUGUCCUGGAAAACUCUUUUUUUUUUUUUUUUUUUUUAAGACCGAACUGUUCACUCAUAGAGAUUCGUCUGCCUCUGCCUCUCAAGGGCUGGAAUUAAAGGCGUGUACCCCCACCGACUGGCGGAAAAAGCAAAAAAAAAAAAAAAAGUAGUAACAGGUCCAUUUUGAAGAUCAUGUAAAGAGUAAAUGUCAGAUAGCAUUAUCAGUUUAUUCAAAUUAUGUAUGUGUCUGUACCUAGAUGAAAAGAAACUUUUUUUUUUUUUUUUGGAUUUCUCGAGACAGGGUUUCUCUGUAGCUUUUGGUUCCUGUCCUGGAACUAGCUCUUGUAGACCAGGCUGGCCUCGAACUCACAGAGAUCCGCCUGCCUCGGCCUCCCGAGUGCUGGGAUUAAAGGCGUGUGCCACCACCGCCCGGCAGAUGAAAAGAAACUUAAGCUACACUGUAAACUUCAGCGUGUUUUUAGGCAGAAUUGCAGUAUUUUAAGACAAGGGUGGUGUCAACUUACUAAAUUAAGUGCCUUAUAUGACAGGGUUGUCACCUGCUUUUCCUAUCCCCCUGGAGUUAACACAGUUGUUGAUGCCCCUCACCCAGAGACAACUUAAAGCACUUGGUGAUAUGGAUGUGGCCGUAACACUUCCGCUUGGCAGUUUGCUUAAGUAUGAUGAAAACUAUUUCGAGUUUUUGUAACUAAGUUGAAGGAAAUUGUGUUGUUAUUGAUGCUGUGAUCUGGAAUGUAAACAUGGUUCCCGUUCUCUGUAUUUAUUCAUCUGCUGUAAAUAGUAUGUGUUAUGUAAAGAAUAUACAUUUUCCACAAGCUUUUCUAUUUCAAGCUCUUUAUACAUGGUUGGAUUGUGUGGCAUAAACCUUGUUUUAUUAUUUAAUAAACUGAAAUAAUAUA